UGCUUGUUGCCCCACUUUAAAAAGUUGAGCUUAGUUCAUUGCUUGCAAAGUGUUAUGGGGAUUUUUGGGUUUCUGGGUAUGUGAUAUCUCAGCUUCAUAUAUGGAUUUUCAUCUAAUUUCCUCUUGUGUGUGUGUAUAUCAUAACACUUGUUUUCCUGUGAGUUUCUGAUAGUCCUCUAUGUUUUUUCCUGCUUUUUGUUGGAAAGUCUGAAAUGGGUAUUGAAAUGUUGGCCAUGACCAUAAGAGGCAGAAUUCUGUUUUCCUCUGCUUGAGGCAGCCGGCCUUAUAAAGCUUUGAGGAAGAAGGAUAAAUUCUCAGAUAAGCAAUGCCUGUUCCUCUUGCCCCCUAUCCGACACCUCUGGUACCAUUUACACCCCCAAACGGUUCACAGAGCCAACUUGUGUGUUCUGGCUGUCGGAACCUUCUUCUCUAUCCAGUGGGUGCAACCUCUGUAUGUUGUGCUGUUUGUAAUGCAGUGACAGCUGUGCCACCUCCAGGCACAGAGAUGGCUCAGUUGGUCUGUGGAGGCUGCCACACCUUACUGAUGUACAUUCGUGGAGCUACAAGUGUACAAUGUUCAUGUUGUCACACGAUCAACCUAGCCUUAGAAGCAAAUCAGGUUGCACAUGUCAACUGUGGGAAUUGCCGGAUGUUAUUGAUGUAUCAAUAUGGAGCACGAUCUGUGAAAUGUGCAGUUUGCAAUUUUGUGACAUCAGUUGGGGCUUCACCAAGCACUACCGAGCAAAAGUUCAAUAACUGAGAUUGUGAAGCUGCGGAUUAUGGACUCCUAAGAGUUUAUUCUUUCUUCUUACGGCAUCUCACUUACUGCUUUUAUCAACAUGUGGCUUUAGGUGAAUGUAUAGAGUCGUUUUUUCUUAUUUUGCUAUUAUUGAAUAAGCAGUUUUGGCAGGUUCAAUGUGUGAGGUUAUUCCACAAGAGGACUGUUAGGUUGGAAGUGCAGUUAGAACAGAUAAAGACGUGCAGCUUUUUUUUGCGAUUAGUGGCAUGAAAUCCACAUCAUCUAUUUACCUCCCAAUAUGUAUGCUCUUGGACUUUUUGAAUGAACAAUAGCAAUAAGUUAUGAUUGUUGGCUA